ACGAACUGAGCGUUACGGCUCUUUUUCUGACAGGGUGAUUUGAAGAUCGCAUCUUGUUUAAAACGCGGCAACCCAACGCCAUCCAACCGUGGCAUCCCUGCAUUGUCUGGGACGCACCAUAGCACCUGGCUUCUGUUUGCUGCGACUGUGACACGGCAGAGUGCGCCGCGUAUCAGCAGCCAAACCUCUCGCCUGUCUCCAAAGCUGCACACCCGGAGGAAAAGGGACAAAGAAGCGGAAAGGAGAUUAUUUAUUGCAGUGCAAAAUGGUGAAUGAUAUUGCAUCACUUCUCGGAAUUUAUUUGCGGAAUUAGCUGUCCCCCUGAUGUAACAUCUCAUGCUUUCGGGACCCUAAUUGCUGGAAAGUUAUAUUUUUAAAAAAAGAUUUUGCUGGGAUAAAGUUUGAGCCAAUCAGAAGCGCAGUGGGGGCGCCCUGCUCCGCGGAUGGUUGCAAUUGCUGGAGUCUGAGCAGCGUUCUCUGUAAUGUAACCAAGUCAGCCGUCCGGGGGGAAGGUGAGAGAGCAAAGGCAUCUGAAUGUGCGUUCAGCCUCUGACUUAAACUCUUCCGAUCUCGGACGCAAAACUCUUCCAGAAUGGAUAUACCGAAGGCUGCGGCGCUGGUGUGGUGUGCCCUUUGCUGCUGUUGGGAUUUCCUUUCUGUUCUUGAAGCUGCUACACUGGGGUCUCUGCAGGAUUCCUCUUCCCAGGAUGUUCCUGGUUCCUCAUCACCUCGGGACAGCAAGGACGAUCGGACCUUCAAGCGCCAGCACAUUCGCACCGGCACUGUGGUGCCGCACGAGUACAUGGUGUCACUUUACAGGACCUUAUCCGCCUGCGAAAGGAAAGGGUUGAACAGCAGUCUGGCCCGAGCCCGACCCCUUGCCAACACUGUCACCAGCUUCGUGGACCAAGGAUAUGAUGGAGCUCCCCUUGGGGAGAAACAGAGAUACCUGUUUGAUAUUUCCAAAUUGCCAAACACCGAGGAGCUCGUGGGAGCCGAGUUGAGGAUCUUUCGAAAGUUGCCUGGAGAUCUCCACCUGGCGCUCUCCCUGGGAGGGAGUAUGUAUCGGAUUUUACUUUAUCCGUGUAUGGAGCGAGAGGUUUCCUCACCGAAGCCUCUCGAUUCAAGGACAGUUGACAUAUUGGACGUCGAUUCGUCAAAAUGGCAAGUGUUCGACGUUUGGGAAUUAAUGAGAAACCACUCCAAUGCUAAGCUACUGUGUUUAGAUAUGUCAGUCAUUUCCGAUUACUCCCAGAAGGCUCUAGAUCCUCGACUUUUGGGUUUCAGCCGCUCUGAUCUCCAGCCUCGGGAAAAAGCCUUGCUGGUGGCGUUCAGUAACACGAAGAAAAGAGAAAACCUCUUUCGGGAGAUCAGAGAGAAGAUCAGGUCCCUGGGUGGAUUGGAUUCACUGCAGGUCAGUCGUGAACCGAAUGUCAAGCGCCGCAGAAAAAGGAGGACAGCCUUCUCCAGCAGGUCCAGCAGAGGAAGCGGGAAGAAAGCCAGGUCGAGAUGUAGCAGGAAGCCUCUCCACGUCAAUUUUAAAGAGUUAGGCUGGGACGAUUGGAUCAUCGCCCCUUUGGACUACGAGGCAUACCAUUGUGAAGGGAUCUGCGACUUCCCGCUCAGAUCCCACCUUGAACCCACCAAUCACGCUAUUAUACAAACGCUGAUGAAUUCCAUGGACCCCGAGUCCACGCCACCCAGUUGCUGUGUCCCAUCCAAACUUAGCCCCAUCAGCAUAUUAUACAUCGAUUCGGGCAACAAUGUGGUUUAUAAGCAAUAUGAAGACAUGGUGGUGGAAUCGUGCGGAUGCAGGUAGCGCCUUUGCAUCUGCGCUCUAAUGUGAUUUUAUCUGAAGCUAAAUACUGCAGCGGGUUGAGUAAUGGCCCAUUAUCCUCAAGUGCAUCUCGGCGAGGUGCAGCCGUGGGGAGAAUGACCCCUGGCCACAGGGAACUUCGACUUCCUGGGCCAUCAAAUCGGCGAAAGAUCCAACAAUCUAAGGCUUCGAAGUUUUAUGAAUCGGUUUAUAAAUUGUACUAAAUGCAUCCAUGUUCUUAAUUUGUUAUUAAGACGGACGACUGACCCUAUUGCAUCAGUCAAUGGCCACAAUUUUAAAUCAAAACCUCCAGCGAUGGGUGCUGACAGGUCGGGAAGUUCACUUAAACGUAAAAUCCGUUCCAUCUGCUAUUUCUGUAGCGUGACUUAGCGCGCACAUCCACUCAUCAUUUGCAAUCUGAUCACCGGACUGCCCUGGCGGGGGCAUCCUUGCUGUAACGAAGGAGCGGCCGAUCUGGUUUUGAUCAUUAUUAACAUGUGCUAACAAACGUGAGCCAGCUGCAAGCGGAAGGCCUAGACGGCAAUCAUUGAAAGGGAAACCCAGCUCUAUCCUUGCCAAGAUCACAUAUCUGCCUAUCGCAGAUUAACCCUUCGGGGACAGAGAAAGACAGAGGUGAUCACGACUCCCCCACUCGCCUUUGCACGGAUCUGAAAUAUCAGGCUGUUAAAGUAGAACGGAUGCUCAAAGAAUAUUGUAGUACCAUUCAAUUUAAACGGCACAAACUCGUUAUCUAAUUAAGUAGAAACCUAUUUUACCGCAAUUCUAAAUCACAUUCGAUUUCAAAUUCACCAUUAAUUGGCAGCAGUAUAAAUUUGCAUUAAGGGCAAACGACGUGUCCAUAGACUUAUAUUUCAAAUAAGUAUUUAUGACUUCCCAUAUGUUUCAAUGACCGUCUUUACAAUUCCGUCUUAGAUAGAAAUAUCAAAACGUACUACUAACGUCAAUCUGGUUUCCACGUUUAAACAUCCGUUUUAACAGAAGAUACUUAUAUUUUAUUUUACUUGCGCAUUUACAGAAUAUUCAGGUUUUUUUUAGGCAUACGAAGUGGACUUGUCGGAAACUUGAAAGAAGCGACGAUAAUUGAAACUGGUUAGGCUAGGGCUACAGGAGCUAUUUUUGUAGAGGAGGUACUAAGUGUCAUUGAUCAUAAUAACAGUUCAGUUUGAAAGCAGCAGUUACAGGUUCCCAUCUGCAGCGUUCUUGGGUUAGCGCAAGUCUUCAUCUGCUACCCUACCUUUAAAUCAAGUACGUUCCAAAUCUCAACAAUUGCGUUGUUUUUCAGUCAAUAUUUACAAUGUGCUUCCUUUGGCUAGCGAAGAUCUCAUUGGCUGAAACGGAAUCUCCCCAUUAUUUUUUAAAAAAAACAAUAUUUUUAACAUUUCCUCUUAAGUCACCGUUCUACGGUUUCUCCAUAGCUGUUCUUUCCAUCUCUGUUCCUAAGUUUCCUUUUACCCUCUCCAAGGUCUAGGAUAUCACUUAGCGCGGGACACACAGUUGAACUCAAUAUCCCAACUACAGGCUACCUAAUGAUCUACAACGAUUUAUCACAAGUGCGUGAUAUUUGUGCAUCCUAUUCACUUUCUUAGGAAGUGAAGGUUCAUGUCCGAAUUUUAACCCCCCCCCCAAAAGUAUUAAUAAAAGCGCCUUUUCAGUAAAAGGUGCCAAGUGGUCCAUUUGAUUUUAGUGCAAGCAAAAUGUUGCAGAAUGUUGGUUUUCCUAGAACCUAUUGGUUUCCUUCCCAAAGCGUCCGCUUAAUCACUUCCCAAUCGAAUUCACGGCAUGCUGCUACGGGCAGCAAGGAGAGGAACGACCAGUAAUCUUUUCAAGGCGGUGAACCUGAAGAAGGAACAUUGGCUGGUACCCAGAAAUAAGCAGCUUUAAAAAUGAGUUUAGAGAGGUGCAUUUUACAGUAGAGAAGCGCAGUUCAAUUAUGGCAGAGCUUCUGUAGAAUUAUCACAAUCCAUAUAUUUUUUCGAUUAUGAAUUAAUAAUCCACCCCUCUGGAUAAGCUCGAGGUAUACAUGAUUUGGGCAGGAAAUGAUUUGCUAAAAUUUAGCCAUGCAUCCUAAUUGUUUAUAUGGUAUUACAAAAUAAAACUUAAGAUAGCAGAAGAUUUGGCACACAGUCUGUAUCAAACAAAUAUAUUUAUCUAAUUGUUAGCAGAAUGGAAUAAACGUACUCAAGAAGUUCAAGACAGAAAACACAUUCCACAGAAUGGCGAGUAGAUGAAAGUCACCCAUUCGGGUAUACUAUGUACAAAAUUAAAGGAGGGAAGUUUAGGGGAGACAUCAGGGGUAAGUUUUUUACACAGAGAGUUGUGAGUGCCUGGAAUGACUUGCCAGGGAUGGUGGUGGAGGCUAAAAACAUUAGGGGUAUUUAAGAACCUCUUGACAGGCACAUGGAUGAAAGAAAAAUGGAGGGUUAUGGGGUAGUGUGGGUUUAGUACUUUUUAAAAGGAUUAUAUGGGUCGGCACAACAUGGAAGGCUAAAGGGCCUGUACUGUUGUGCAGUGUUCUAUGGUUUUAUGGUAUGUUUUCAUACAUUUCUGGAUACGUUCUUGUGCGUUGGGAAAGCCAACUUUUUUCCAAAAGGAUUUUUAUUGAGCCCUGUAGUUAAUGCUGCUGUAACACUCCUCCAGAUGACGUCAGUAGUCGUACCACAUGUAAACCCUGUGUGCAGAGACAUUUCAAGCGAGCUAUUACUAACUUUUUUUUUUGCCCUGAAGCUUUCCUUCGAACUGUGCUCACUGUACGCGGUGAGCGCCUACCAACGGGAAAGUAACUUGUGUUUUGAUUGCUUUGCUUUUGGAGGUCACAGUCAGAGUCCCUCUCCCUAGCUCCAGGAACACUGCAGGCUGUUUUACAUUUUGCACUUUAUUGGUGCACCAGAGAGGUCACUUGAACUGCGGAAUCGGAGAGGAGAUGCCAUCUCCUUUUCCUUCAGCCAACAGGGACGAGGAGAACAUGUGCGGGCUCUUGCGUGCACGAAGACUUCAGUAAAGUAUAGGCAUUCUCAGACUGAGCUUCUGUCAGAAGCUCCUGGCUGUAGGUCUGGAGGCGGCUCACUCGGCGCCUUGCGCCACUAAUGUCCUCUGCGACCAUUACCCCCUCACUCUUAGUUCCCAACGUUACAGCAUUCAUUGACAACACGUGCGCGUAGCAGGAAGUUGCUGCUACCUGGAAAGAUGGCAACGCUACGUUGUCACAGCCGUAAAAACUGGCAACCGACAAGCGAGUAACACCGAAUGAAACCAACCAUGGCUGCCUCAUCCUAGGCUUUCAGGUUAUAAAUUGGUUUCAACCAUGUUUGGAGACAUUGCUCUUGAUGUAACAUUAAUAGAUUAAGACAAAUUGUUCCUCAUAUUGGCAAACCUCGUAGAUUCAUGCAUGGCUGGUCAUUUUCAUUUAGAGGACCGAAUCUACUUGGAAGAUAAUUGCAUCUUAUGGAUGUUUCAUCCAUCGCGCCCUGCCUUUUGGGCGAGUUCCAAUACAUAAGGAAAACAUCAUAAUGCGAAUUUGAUAGAGCUCCCGAGAAAUCUUCGCAAAUCUCUGUAUUUCUUUACAAAAAAAACCCGUCCUCUUUUAAGGUCCCAGUUCCCUUAAUCACGUAAAGUCGACCUGUCAUUUAAACUAUAAUACGAAAUGAAUGUAAAUCGAAGACAACAGACAUUAUGUGCGCAUCUGAACGUGGAAGAAUGCAGCACAAGGGAUUCCUAAGUCCCCGUCACCACUUCGCCCGCAGCCCCCAGCCCACCACCCUCGCAUCCUCCGCGCUCCGAUGUGAAUGCAGCGAGUUUUCGCAGCACGUGGCUGCGAUAACGAGCAGUCGAUUCACAACCGCGCGGCGAUGGAAUCCCGUGAUGGAGGCCCAUGAUCCGGAUCCGGAUCCGGAUCCAGAUACUUAAUAAUCCGGUUUGAAGUAAAACAAAAUAUUGUAUCAUAAAAGGUUGGCACAUGAAAUGCCCAAUUUAUAUGCUGCAAAUCGACAAGAGACUAAUUGCACUAUAAAUUUGUGUUUACCGUGGAAAAUUUCUGUCCAAGUGGUAGUAGGGAUCCUUUGGCCCACUACCCUCAGCAUCGUCGACGAGCCCAUUAGACACUUUCUCCAGUACGUUUUCUAGCAUAUGGUGUAUUCAUAUCAACGCUGAAACCUGGCGUAAAAUUGUGAUAAAACAGGAAAAGAUACUUAAGUAUGGUUGUAAGGCUGAAGGCAUUUUAAAGCCAGGGCUCAACUUCCUUCAAGAAAAUUAGCUGAUUUGGGACUUUCCACUCUUGUUGGGUGUGCGCAAAAAAAUGCCGGCUGUGCGCUUUUAUUGGGGAACACAUUUAACAAUGUGACAGUCGCAUGCCAGGACAUAAAACAGAUUUUCAGAAAGAACAGGACAACCGAUCUUUCAUGAAUUAUGUUUUAUAAAAACCUGUUCGCAUUAUCUGUUGGCUACUUACAAUUUUCUGAAUGCUAUAACUGUCACCAGCGUUUUAUUGGUUGGCCAGUGUUAUCCUGGAUUAUAUGGCACUGAGAUUUUGAAUGUGCAAUACAUUAAGUUAAGGAAGUAUUCUGGGAAAAGCCAGCGAGUUAAAAAAUAAACCCCAAAACGAGCCCUUCAUAAAAGCAGCUCACAAACUAGGAAAUACUCCGUAUACCGUUGUGUUCUGCCAUAAAGGCGACCCUUAUUGUGUAUAAAGGAUAGGAUUAGGUUAGAAGUUCGGUUUUAAAAUAUCCAAAGGACAAUAUCCAUCCCCAGGUUAGUUCGCACCUGCGCACGGUUCGUGGCUGAAUUUAACAGAAGAGAAUUAGCAAUAUUUCGGCGCAAAUCUAGGGCCUUAUCUAGGGACAGAUACCAAAAGGGCCUAGAUCUUCGUGCCUCUGGAAAUUUAGGAGAAAGGAAAAACCGGCGAGGGUUCCAGCGAGGCUCUAGCAGAUAUCCUAAACUAGCUCUGUUGGCUGUAGUCCUUUUAGUCACACAGGAAGCGUCACCUUUCCUUUACUUCUCUUUCAGUACGGGUGAAGUGUGUAAAUCUGGUAAAAGCACGUGUUGCUUCCCUGUGUAAUUUCCUUCAUCAUAACUUUUUUCACAGAUACGUAUCCUCAGGGUUGUUAAUGAGAACGAUUGAUAUCUUUUAUAAGCUCAAAUUUUAGCCCCCUCGGUAUUCGUCCUUUACCUUUACCCGAAUCGCCAUCUUAAAGGGACCAUCUGUGUUCUAUUGCAUACUCUUUAACCCUAAUACAAGUCCAAAUGCCCGGACAGAAGUAAGUUAAGAGCCUUCGGCUGAAAUGACUUCUGCAAAAAUUAACGCUGGGCAUAUUCCUGUUCCGGUUGAUGCACGUUAUAUAACUGUCAUGAACUCCAAUAACGAUUUACACAAAGUUUUCUCGAGUUUGUGGGUGGGGGGAUAUUUCCUGUCACAAUAAUGAUUAUGCUUACGGCUCUGAUAUCCUUACCAAACUUCUUCCGCAGAGGGUCUGUCUGAUUGCAAUAAGACACCUCCAUAAGAACUGCGAUACAAUAACAUCUGCCCCUUGGUAAAACGGUUGGCCAAUUUUGAACAAUUCCAAAUAACGUUCUUCGACUUCAUCCGGUUCUAUAUCGCCUGCUUAAAGUAUGAUCUAAUUUCGACAUAAAUUAGAAGGAACUUUAGUCCCGAUUCUGUCUAAAAGAAACGAAGGCGCGGAGGGACAGAGGGGAGGACUUUAUAAACAGUGCUUAUACAUGCGUGGAUGUCUUAAAUGGUCCCCAUGAGUAAAAUAAAUACGUAAUUUCGAAAAUAUCAGUCUGUUGCGGAGAAUUAUAACAUAGAUAGCUUUGCAUGGAAAGUGCACACUUUAUUCCACGGUUGCAUUAGGCCUGGUACUAUCCGCAAAAGGAUAAUUCACUCCUCCUCACACCUCACCUUCCGUUACUCACCCAACUCCCCGUGCUGGGUUGCUCAGAUACAACGGAGAUAUUAUUUAUACUGCCAAUAACCCACAAUGCUGGCAAUGCACUCCCGCGCCUUCAGUUUAACAUAGGCCAAAAAUAACUCAUUUCACGAGCUGAGAGGAGAAUUGGAUAUUACCAGAGCCGAGACUGUCACAGCUUGUGAUUCCUCACAGACUGAUAACACAACUCUGCAGCAGAUAUCAAUGCACUGUUUAUAUGUAUUCUAUGCUUUAUAUUGACUGUAUAUAUGGAAUUGUAAAUUAAAUGUAAACGGCAAUUUAUUUUCCUGGAAAUACUAUACGGUAGUGUAUAUGAAAGUAAGCACUCUGUAUCUCCUCUAAUACUCCUUAAAAUUGUU